AUGUCAAGCAGUGGCACGCACCCAAUCAUCAUCCUGCUCGGCGCGCUACUUGUUCGGGGCUGCCUGGCGGAUGUGGCACACUUUUUUGCAGCGGCACCAACGGACUUGGGCAGCUAUCUGCAUGGCCAGCUGCCGUACCAAUUGGGUCUGCAUCCCUCCGCUUUUUACGGAUCUCCCGUCACUCCUGCACCCGCACCCGUGGCGCCAGUGGCCACCACCGAGUUCAGUCUGCCGGAAAUCAUCGAGAAUCGAAGUGUUAAGUUUCAGGGACCGUCACAGGGACAUGGCAGCUUCAUUCCCCUCAGCCAGCACUAUCUGCCGCCUGCCAUCGAGGAGCGCCCCAGCUAUGAGAGUCCCAAGCCCAGCGAGGAAGCUUACCCUGCCUACUACUACCCCCAACCGCCUGCGACAAGCACUCCACAGCCCAUCAUCGUGCAGGAUCCGGGUGAGGACAUCGUGGAGACCAUCCACUCGCCCGGCUACGAUUACCAUGCCCCAGCCCCAGCCCCAGCCCCAGCCCCAGCUGCAGGCCCAAGACCCUCCACGCCCGCUCCGUUGUAUCUGCCGCCCGGCGAGAGCAGCGGGGAUCAGCAGCAGCAGCAGCAGCAGCUGCGACUGCGCCUCAAGGACAUGCGCUGCCUGCAGGCGGGCUUCUUUCGGGCGGUGCUCAAGCUGGACAGCUUUCUGGGCGCCGCUCCCACGGUCGACCAGGACAGCGACGAUGUGCAGGACAAGCGCUGCGAGCUGAAGCUGGCGCGCAGCUUCCUGCUGCUGGACAUUGCCGGUGCGGACUUUGAGCGCUGCGGCGUGCGCUCCUGUGGCCAGGAUCUGUGCCUGCGUCUGCGCUUCCCCACCAUCCGGGGCCUGCGCACCGGCGGCGACUCCAUUCUGACGCUGCACUGCAAGUCGCAGGAGCGCGUGGCCGUCAAGACGCAUGCCCUCAAAAUGGGCGUGGCCAAUGAUGUGCAGGCACGCAGCGUGGGUAACUACGCCCAUGGGGGCAAUCAGAAUGCCUUUCGCACCCAUGUGGAGCUGCUGCGGCGUGGCAGCAACGGAUACACCCGCCACCUGGAGGCCAACGGAGCGGUGCAGCUGGGCGAGGAGCUGCUGCUGCGUGCCCAUGUCCUGGCCGGCGAUGGCUGGAACUACACCAAGCUGAGUGACGUCCAGCUGCAGAGGAUCGCCGCUGGCGGGGAAAUCCUCAACACCGUCCAAUUGGUCAGCUCUCGGGGCUGCCUGAAUCCCGCCAUGCAGGCCAUCUGCAGCCACUCGCCCAUCGUGGAGCCGCCGCUGGGCCAGCGUUUCCACUUCCGGGCCGUCAUGUUUCCGGGCAUGCGCAGUGGCGAUGUUCUCGUCAUUUCCAUGCGCAUCAGCGGCUGUCUGGAGCGCGAGGAUUGCCAAAUCACAGCGCAGGAUUGUCUGCCGUCCGUGGCACAGCGUCGCAGACGGAAUGCCGCCCUGCAAGCGGCCGCAAAUGGCACGGAAAUCUCGGAAUUGUCGCACUUGACGUUCCGUGUGAUUAUGCCCGGCGCGGAGCAGGAGCAGGAGCCAGUGCCGGCUGUCAGAGAUGCCGCGGGGCAUAUACAGGGCGUGUCCAAGUCGCUGGCUCUAUUCGGCAGUGUGGCAUUUGUGGUGCUGCUGUUGGCCGUGGCCAUUGUGGCGUUGUACAAGUUCGGCAGAUAG